GUAUGUUCAAACAAGAUGUCUGCCCCCAAGAAAAAGAAAACAAUCUCGAAGGAUGAACUUCGUAAAUUGAUGAAACAAACUAAAUCGUCUAUUAAAAAAGAUAUACAACGUAUAGACCACCCAUUUGCAAAAUAUAAUACACUAGGUCAGUUAGUGUGUGUAAUCUGUAAUACUACUGUAAAAAGUGAAAUCAUUUGGCCAACACAUUUGCACAGUAAAACACAUAAAGAGCUAUUACAAUUGUCUAAGAAUAGACCAGCUACUGUUAAACGUCCAUCAUCAGAUGUAAAUGAAGCACCCCACAGUAAAAAGCACAAAGAUGGAAAUGAUAAGAAGUCAGAAGGCAGUGGGUUACCAUCAGAUUUUUUUGAGAGCAAAUCAGCCCAAAAUUCUUAUAAAAACAGUGUAGCUUUAGCAUCUUAUUCUUCUUCUGAGGAUGAAGAAGAAGACAACAAGUCUGAGAAUACCUCAACAUCCAAACCAUCAAUAUCAGCUUUACCAACAGAUUUUUUUGAUUCUGGUCCACCCCCAAAGAGCAGCAGAAUUCAAGAUGUAGAUGAUGAACAACAAAAAACAAUAGCUGAUGCUUUACCUGAAGGAUUUUUUGAUGAUCCUAAGAUGGAUGCGAAGGUGAGAAAAGUUGAAUAUAAAGAUAAAAUGGAGGAAGAAUGGGAAAUGUUUCAGAAAUCAAUGAAAGAAGAAACGCAUGUAUCGGAAAAGUUAGAAUUAGUAGCUGAUGAUGAAUUUAAUUUAAAUAGAAAUAUUGAUGAAAUAGAUGAACAAAUACAAAAGUUACAAGAAGUAAAUGAUCUACAGGAUAAAAAAGAUCAGAUCAUGCAGUCUGUGAAAGAUGUUUCUAAUAAUGAUAAUAGCUCUGAUGAACUUGAUGAAAGUGACCUCAAUGAUUUCUUUGAUUGGAGAUCUAAAAAAUCUUGGAAAUGAUGAUGAAUCAUAUAUUUUUGUAAUUGGUGCUUGAAACUUAACUUCAUCCUUAGCGACGAGUCAGAAUUUAUUGUUGAUAAAUGAGAGCACAAUAUCAUAAGACAUGACAUUGCAGUUGUUCUGUGACACUGUGAAAGGAUAAUUUCAGGAUUAUUUUUGAUACGAAUCUGAUGAUUAACUGUGGUAUAAAAGAGACAAAAGAA